AUGGCUGACGGGUACCAGCCGGCACUGCCUGCCCAACACCAUCAUGUUUGUGUGCAGCCUGCUGUGGCAGACUGCCAUAAAGACGGCUGUCCCCAAGCCCCGCUGCCUGCACGCGUCCCCCUGGUGGGCUCACAGCAGCAGAGCCUCUCUCACUGGCCUACCCGCGCGCCUCUACCCCUCUACCGGGUGCUGCUGGUCAAGCAAGAUGGCUCCACCAUUCACAUCUGCUGCAGGGAGCCACGGUGCAUGCUGGUGAUGCCCCUGGACCUGGACACCCUGUCUGCCAAGCAGCGCCGGGCCUGGCUCCACAAGCUUGGGGCUCAGCUCCCACCCAAGGAGGAGGACUCAGAGCUGGCCGACGACUUUGACACGGAGCAUUACAGAUGGGUUUGGAACAGGAAGUGA